AUGGACUCCAGAAGGUUAAUUGCAGAACAGAAAAGUCACCACUCGGUGGAUGAUGAGCUGGUUUGUUUGCUUGGUUUUGUUUGCCUCUUGCAACAUUCUGUCCUCACUCACUGCAGGGAACAAAUACACUCGACAACAGUGUCUAACACCAAGACUGAAGUGAAAAACAGAAGGAAUACUGCAGUGCCUUUGAGUGCUUUAAGGAUGAACUUGUGGCUGCUCCUGACUUUCAGCGCUUUGGCUCAAUGCGCCCACUCUUGUCCAGAUUUGUGCUCCUGUUUCUUUUCACCCUCGGGUGCGGAGGUGGAGUGCAGCCUGAGCUCGCUGCCACAUGACGGUUUACCCUCCAACACCACUCGACUGUCCAUCCAGUCCACCAACCUCAGCAGCAUCUCAGCCGCUGAUCUGAGAGCCGUGCCCCUUUUAACCAACCUCCAGCUGUACCACAACAACCUGAGCAGCCUCCCCGCUGAUCUCCUGCAGGAUGUUCCUCUCCUGAACAAGCUGGAUCUGACAGGAAACCAGCUGGUUAGCCUUCCUGCCAACAUCUUCAGCCACGAAUCGCUUCGUAGUCUGGUGCUGAAGAAUAAUCGGAUUGAAAAAGCCGAUGCCGAGUGGUUUUCUGGCAACAGUAGCGUGACCUGGAUUGACUUGUCUGGAAACCGUUUAACAAGUGUAGCUAGCGCUCUGCUGCAGAAGCUGCCCAAUCUGGAGAAUCUGGACCUGAGUGACAACAAUCUGCAAGACCUACAAGCUGACGCUCUGCAGAGCCUGCACCACCUGGAGAUCCUGAAUCUCGCCGGGAACAAUUUAAUCUCCCUCAAUCCUACAAUCUUCAGCCACAACCUGAAGCUAUCCCAGCUGUUCCUGCAGGAGAACCGGCUCCGAGAGCUGCCGGCGACCCUCCUCCAGGGUCUCCAGCAUCUUGAACUUCUGCUGCUGAACCAGAAUCAGCUGCAGCAUCUCCCCCCGGGGCUGCUGGACCAGAUAAAACCCUCUUUCAGGAUGAUCCUAGCGAGAAACCCCUGGGUGUGCGAUGAGAAGAUUGUGUAUCUGUGGAGGUGGCUCACUGCCCAUCGGGACAAUAUCAUCUUUCUGGAGGCGGUGGCGUGUUCAGCUCCUGAAGCUCUGAAACACAGACAGGUGGCGUCUUUAUGUGACAGUGAGCUCGGACUGGGACUCACCACGGCUAUAGCAGAGGCAUGGUAAAAAUAAACUUGACAGGUAUGAUGGUAAUAUCAAACCUAGUCCAUUAUGUCAGUAGUUCUCAACCUUUUUGAGUCACGACCCCGAAUUUAACAUGCAUUUUUCCGCGACCCCCACUCACUGAACAUAAUCUCACAUGCACAGUUCAGAUCACCCAAAAAAGAAACAAAAUGACCAGAAAAGACAGAAAAUGACCAAAAAAGACACAAAUUGACCACAAAAUGAUAAAAAAAAAAGACACAAAAUGACCAAAAAAGACAGAAAAUGACCAAAAAAGAAAGAAAAUGACAAAAGAAGGAAACAAAAUGACGAAAAAAGACAGAAAAUGACCAGAAAAGACAGAAAAUGACCAAAAAAGGAAACAAAAUGACCAAAAAAGACACAAAUUGACCACAAAAUGAUAAAAAAAAGACACAAAAUGAUUUAAAAAAGACACAAAAUGACAAAAAAAGACACAAAAUGACCAGAAAAGACAGAAAAUUACCAAAAUAGGAAACAAAAUGACCAAAAAAGACACAAAAUGACGAGAAAAGACAGAAAAUGACCAAAAAAGGAAACAAAAUGACCAAAAAAGACACAAAUUGACCACAAAAUGAUAAAAAAAGACACAAAAUGAUAAAAAAAAGACACAAAAUGACCAAAAAAGACACAAAAUGACAAAAAAAGGAAACAAAAUGACCAAAAAAGACACAAAUUGACCACAAAAUGAUAAAAAAAAGACACAAAAUGGCCUAAAAAGACACAAAAUGACAAAAAAGACACAAAAUUACCAAAAAAGACAGAAAAUGACCAAAAAAGACAGAAAAUGACAAAAAAAAAAGGAAACAAAAUGACAAAAAAAGAACAAAUUAAUCUCCCUCAAUCCUACAAUCUUCAGCCACAACCUGCAGCUAUCCCAGCUGUUCCUGCAGGAGAACCGGCUCCGAGAGCUGCCGGCGACCCUCCUCCAGGGUCUCCAGCAUCUUGAACUUCUGCUGCUGAACCAGAAUCAGCUGCAGCAUCUCCCCCCGGGGCUGCUGGACCAGAUAAAACCCUCUUUCAGGAUGAUCAUAGCUAGAAACCCCUGGGUGUGCGAUGAGAAGAUUGUGUAUCUGUGGAGGUGGCUCGCUGCCCAUCGGGACAAUAUCAUCUUUUUGGAGGCGGUGGCGUGUUCAGCUCCUGAAGCUCUGAAACACAGACAGGUGGUGUCUUUAUGUGACAGUGAGCUCGGACUGGGUCACACCACGGCUACAGCAGAGGCAUGGUCAAAAUAAACUUUACAGGUAUGAUGGUAAUAUCAAACCUAGUCCAUUAUGUCAGUAGUUCUCAACCUUUUUGAGUCACGACCCCCAAUUUAACUUGCAUGUUGUCUGCGACCCCCACUCACUGAACAUAAUCUCACACGCACAGUUCGGAUCACCCAAAAAAGAAACAAAAUGACCAAAAAAGACACAAAAAAUGACCAGAAAAGACAGAAAAUGACCAAAAAAGGAAACAAAAUGACCAAAAAAGACACAAAAUGACCAGAAAAAUGACAGAAAAUGACCAAAAAAGGAAACAAAAUGACCAAAAAAGACACAAAUUGACCACAAAAUGAUAAAAAAAGACACAAAAUGAUAAAAAAAAAGACACAAAAUGACCAAAAAAGACACAAAAUGACCAAAAAAGACAGAAAAUGACAAAAAAAGGAAACAAAAUGACCAAAAAAGACACAAAUUGACCACAAAAUGAUAAAAAAAGACACAAAAUGACUAAAAAAGACACAAAAUGACCAAAAAAGACACAAAAUGACAAAAAAAGGAAACAAAAUGACUAAAAAAGACACAAAUUGACCACAAAAUGAUAAAAAAAACACAAAAUGACCAAAAAAGACACAAAAUGACAAAAAAAAGGAAACAAAAUGAUUAAAAAAGACACAAAUUGCCCACAAAAUGAUUAAAAAAAAGACACAAAAUGGCCUAAAAAGACACAAAAUGACAAAAAAAGAACAAAUUAAUCUCCCUCAAUCCUACAAUCUUCAGCCACAACCUGAAGCUAUCCCAGCUGUUCCUGCAGGAGAACCGGCUCCGAGAGCUGCCGGCGACCCUCCUCCAGGGUCUCCAGCAUCUUGAACUUCUGCUGCUGAACCAGAAUCAGCUGCAGCAUCUCCCCCCGGGGCUGCUGGACCAGAUAAAACCCUCUUUCAGGAUGAUCAUAGCAAGAAACCCCUGGGUGUGCGAUGAGAAGAUUGUGUAUCUGUGGAGGUGGCUCGCUGCCCAUCGGGACAAUAUCAUCUUUCUGGAGGCGGUGGCGUGUUCAGCUCCUGAAGCUCUGAAACACAGACAGGUGGUGUCUUUAUGUGACAGUGAGCUCGGACUGGGACUCACCACGGCUAG